UAGCUUGGAUACUGGCAGCUAAGACGCCUUUGAAAGUGCUGGUUUGUAUAUUGUGGAAUAACCGUGCAGGUUGAGGCGAGUGUUGGCGCUGACACCACCCACAGCUGAUUUGAGCUGAAGCUAAAAGAGUGCUGAGAAACUGCUGAGUUCACCUGCUGUGCUGUGUCAGUGCUGCAGUCUGUUUCACCGGUGGCUGCUCCUCUGACUGUCCUCUGCAUUUUCUCCAUGCCUUUGUCUCACACAGCAGUGAAAUAGAAACCGUCCGAUAACCGCCGAGGAAAAUGUCCGAGGUCACCAUAUCAAAGCGCAAGGAGAAGUGUGAGAACUGCACCAAACAGUGCAACAAGAAACAGAGUGAUGAUGGUGCCAACUCACACCAGGAGAGAGAUGAAGUCAACGGACAGGAGCAUGAAGGAUCCCAGUUGCUGCUGAGUGCCUGUCUGUCCUGUGACGGCUGUCUGUCAGAGGAGGAGAGCCUGAAGAUCUCUCAGCAGAGCCUGGAGGAGGUGGAGCGAGUUCUGGCUCUCAAUAAGAAGUGUGACGUGUCCAAGCACAAGGUACUGGUGGCGUCAAUAUGUCCGCAGUCUCUGCCUUUCUUUGCUGUCAAGUUUGGUCUGGACAUCACCGAGGCUGCACUAAAACUCUGUGGCUUCCUCAAGAGUUUAGGAGUGCAGUAUGUGUUCGACACCACCCUGGCAGCUGGCUUCAGCAUCUUAGAGAGUCAAAAGGAGUUUGUUCAGAGGUUUCGCAGGAGGCACCAUGACUCCCACGCGUUGCCCAUGUUCACCUCCUCCUGCCCAGGCUGGAUCCGAUAUUCAGAGCGAGUCCUGGGCAGUUUGGUUACACCUCAUAUCUGCACAGCCAGGUCUCCUCAGCAGAUUAUGGGCUGUCUGGUCAAAGACUACUUCUCUAAACAACAGAAGCUGAGUCCAGAGAAAGUCUACCACGUGUUGGUGGCUCCCUGCUUUGAUAAGAAGCUGGAGGCUGUCAGAGAGGAGUUUUACAACAGCCUGCUGGAAACCAGAGACGUGGACUGUGUCCUCACCUCAGGGGAGAUCUUUUACCUGAUGGAGCAGAGGAAGGUUUCAGUGGAAGAGCUGGACUCAGCUCCACUGGAUCACGUGUUGGGAGAGGCCGGAGACGUGGCGCUGGUGAGGCACGAGGGCCGAGGAUCUGAAGGCUUUCUGGAACACAUCUUCAAACAUGCUGCCAAAGAGCUCUUCGGUCUGGACGUCCACGAGAUCACAUACAAGACCCUCAGGAACCGGGACUUCCAGGAGGUGACCCUGGAGCGGGACGGGGAAACUCUGCUGCAGUUUGCUGCUAUCUACGGUUUCAGGAACAUCCAGACUUUGGUUCACCGAAUGAGAAAGGGACGUGUCCCUUACCAGCUGGUGGAGGUGCUGUCCUGUCCAGGAGGGUGUUUAAGUGGCCGCGGUCAGUCUGAGAGCGACACAGGAGGCCGGGUGGACAAAGCUCUGGUCCAGCAAAUGGAGGAAGCCUACAGCAGCCUACCAGUCCGUCUCCCGGAGGUCAACUCCACCCUGCACACCCUCUAUCAAGACUGGCUGCAGGGCCAGGACUCCCCGCAAGCCAGCACACUCCUACACACCCAGUACAGAAACCAGAGUCAGACACACACACAGCCCACACACAUGCAGUGGUGAGGAAAAAGAAGUGUUUUUAUGAGUAAGGACCAUCUCAUCAUUCAUGCUGGCACCAUGAAGGACAAACCACGGACCUCGCUGCACGUCAGACCAGUCAAGUCUCAACAGGUGCAAUUCUUUCAUUAAGCCACAUGGGGGCGAUGUCGGUGUUUAAAAUAUGUGGAUCUCACGUUCCAAAACUGAGCCAGAGGAGAAAUGAGGGUCCGGAGUCCAGACAAACACACAUUUAAUGUAGACUGAAGCAGUGCUGUCACAAAAGCUGCAGAUAAUGGCUACAAAAAAGGUACCAAUUUGCCUCAACUGCAGCUGCUCUGAAAAAUGAGGAAGUCUGUAGCAAGUACGACUAUUUAUGUGAUUUUACAGAGCAAUAAGCCACUGAGGAACUGGAACUCAUGAACUGAACCUGCCGAUGCUGAAUAUUCAUCUAAGGAAUGUAUUCCUCAUCUAAUCGUCCAAUAAGAAACAUAUUUUGUGUUUAAGUUGCCUCCACUGUUCCCUGAUGAAAGGCGUUGACGUGUUCUCAAACACUUUGAUAACUAUGCAACAGUGUGAUCGUCUCAUCUCAGCAGUGAAUGAAAGUAAGGCUGCUGUGGGAUUUCAACCCUUUGAAUUAUGAGCAAAUUGGUGUAAAUUUCUCUUAAAAACAUGGUGAGAAGGCAAAGAGGAACUAAACAAGACAUGAGCAAAAAAUUAGUUAAAAAAAACAAAGUUACAAGACAAUUACCUGAAAAUAAGCAAAAAAAAGCAGAU